AAUACAGACGUGCUCAUCGAAGCAACUUAAAAAUAGCUUAAUUAACAUUUUUUUAUUGUGACCUAGUUUUAGACACUUAGCGUUUUUGUUGUGUUAAAUACAAUUACACAGUUUUUAUUACAAAUAUGGACAAAAAGUGAUCAUCUACAAUUAUGGAUAGCAGCCCCUCCCACCGUGGCGGACUGCCACAUCGCUCUUCACCAUCAGCAGCAACACCUAGAAGUCACGCACAGGAUGAAACAACGGAGGUUUUUUCUACUCCUGAAAUUCAGUCCUGGAUGUCUAGCAUUGAGCAGUGCUUGAAUGAGGUAUCGACCACAGUUUCGGAAGGCAAGAUGAACUCCGAACAAAAACUUAGAGUGAGUAACCUUUGUCGCAAAGUGGGAUAUGGAGUUUCUCAAAUGGCUGUGCAAUAUCAGUCAUUGAAACAUAAAGCCCUCCAAAACUACGCCACCCUACAAACGUUAAAGGAAAAUCAAGACCUCGCGAUUAGUUUGACUGAGAUCAAGCAGAAACUACAGGACACUCUCAUCAAACAAAAUUCUGAAAGCACUACCUUUGCAGACAUGGUGAAGGGUACAAAAAGCCUUAUUCGACCUCACGCAACUAGCUCAGUCGCUAUAUACCCUAGUGACCAAACCAAGACCAGUGAAGAGACCAAAACUUUAGUUCAAAAAAUUGUGUGCCCUGAGGAAAUGAAACUAAAGGUACGUGGCCUUCGCAAAAUAAGAAAUGGAGGUGUUAUCAUAAGCACGGAGACCAAGGAUGACAUCCUAAAAUUGAAGCAGACUGUCGAGAGUUCCACUUCUGCACUUACUGUCGAUGAACCUCGAAAGCGGAAGCCCCGUAUUAUAAUUAUUGGGGUACCUACUGACAUGGCAGAGAAAGAAGUAUUUAAAAGUAUUUACGAACAAAACAUUGCAGACAAACAUCCAACAUUGACCAAGGAUACCUUUCUGACCUCAAUUAAAUUAAGCCACAAAUCAGGGAAAAGGGAAGCUGACAGCUGCAACUACAUUGUUGAAGUACCAGCCAGCGUCCGGAAAGCCCUAGUGAAUCAGAACAGGCUUUACAUAAACUGGACGUCAUGCCCGGUACAUGAUUUCACCCUUGUGACUCGGUGCUUCAAGUGUCAGCAGUAUGGUCAUGCAUCUAAGACUUGCAAAUCCAUCACCUCUACUUGUGGCCACUGUGGAGCAGACGGACACGCGACACAAGAGUGCUCCUCUAAGGAAAACCCUCCAAACUGUGCAACCUGCAAGCGCUAUAAAAAACCCUGCAACCAUGAGACGGGAGAUUUGGAUUGCCCUGCUAGAAAAGCCGCAGAAUAUAGAUAUAUCAACUCUAUAGAUUAUGGAGGUGCCUGA